AUAUAUUGUUGUGUGCCGUACAUAUUGUCUCGUCCAACUUUUCUCAUCAUUAUUAUUAUCUGCCCAUUUACCGUGCCAUAUCAGCUUGACAAGCGCAUAUGUUAAUAAUCUGGACGGUUCGUGACUAACCUGAGAUCCAACCUAGCACACUCAAUGGUCUUGUCUUGGCUGAAUUUGUUAAUCGAAAUUUGCAAAAAGUCCAAAAGACGAGUUAAGAGUUACCCAGCACUAAACAAGAGUACAAUUAUUAACCAGUAAUCUACAUAUACAAGCAGUGAUGUGCUUGCCCACAUCGCAGGAUUAUUGCACUUGCUUGUGGUCAAGAUUUGAAGAGAGAAGACUAUAAUUUAUUUUCAUCGAUCAUAAUCAUCAUCAUCAUCGUCAUCGUCAUAGCCAUUUUAAUACGAAGCACGUUGUUAAUAUUGUGACUUUCAUUUAGUUAACGGAUCACUUUUUCCUUCAGUUGAGUUCCAUCAGUAGACAAGAAGAACAUGACGUUGACAUUUUCAAUUUGACCAAAAAAAGUUGUCCACAAAAAAAGUAACUCGGAUUUAUCUUAGCUUAUCAUCACUUUUCUCGUGCACGAAAAAUUUGGUGUCAUCCAGAAUGUCUUACAGCACAUGUAUACAUGGGUUUUAGAUUUCGAAAUUAUUGAACUUUGUAUAUGUGUAUACUUGAAAUUCUACCGUAUUCAGUGCAGUGUUUUCACUUGCGAAUGUGGUUGCUGUAUGACAAGUGAUUUUCUAAUACGCAAAAAAUUGUCUUUUGGAUACUUCUCAACACAUCGUCGUUUCUUACCACACGGAACAAUAUCAUCUUGUUGGAUUUGCAUAUUAUGAUGCAUGCAUUGUAAUAUGUGAUUGAAAGAUUGCACUUGACUAACCUCCUCCACCACCACCCACACACCCAUUCUAAUAUUUGUUCAUGUGCAUGCCAAGAAUGAAUAUGACUUCCACUGGAAAAUACAAAGUGAACACAACCAAUUUGUACAAUAAUCGCCAUCAAGACGACAGUGCCAACAAUUACUCAGCCCCUCGAAGACCCCAUCGACCCAGCAGCAGCCAUAUCACUCGUCUCAGACCAUCCGUCGAAAGAGACGCAACGGACGGGGAAGAUGAGAAAAAAGUGCUCAGUCUCUCCGAGAGGAUUAAACGACUAAGUACCUCUCGAGUGCUGAAGGACAACUCUGUCCUCACCCACAACAACAACGAGCCUUUCACGUACCUACGAAGUCCAACAUCACAAAAGACCAGUGCUGGUGCAAGUGCUGUGAAUAUCAGUGCUUAUCCAAAAUCAAGUCACCCAUCAACCUCUACCACUAGGACUUUACCCAAUCAUCAUCACACAAAUGGUGUCAAUAAGACUGGAAGAGAAGUGAUUUACGCACAGGUAGUAGUUGAUCCCGAAGACCGAAAAAAUAAGCAGAGAAAUAAAAGAACUGUUCACCGUUCGUAUAACAAUAAUAAUUACAACAACCCAAACACAACCCAACCCACCAAUACGACCAGUAGCAAUACAACUCGUACUUCAUUAUUCAACCAGACAAAACCGCACGCAUCGCCACGCACCAACACCGCCGUCAGGGCGUCUCAGGUCAUGGGGAAAAAUGUGACCACGGUUCUGCUCAACAGCAGCAGCGAUGACUUACCAAGCUCGCUCAACAUGGAGGAAAGAAUUGGAGGCUUUAGUCACGACUCCCGAUAUCGGAGCAGCAGUUCUCCCCUCCUCGCCAGCAAUGACGAUUAUUACCCAAAAUCCCCUGGGAUUGUGAAACAGCAUCUGCAAAAUGGUCACACAAAUAAUAGGAACAGGUCCAGAUAUGAAAACCAUUACCAAAGACACUCCUCCGAUUACCUCAAUAGGCAGAGUGACGAGGAUGACUACAACGACUACAAAUUCAGAGGAAAGUACGAGAUGGGGGACAAUAAGCUGAAACGCUCCCCUGGUUUCCUCUCAUCCUCGUACGGAGGUGGGGGCAGGGACACGGAUAACUCUGACGACUUUUAUUCGUACCAGCCCAUCAAUUAUGGCGGAAAAAGCGCUAGCACAAACGUCAUUGAUGGUUAUGGCUACAACAAAGCAAGAGCUAGUUACAGAAUUGACGAGGAAGAUGAGUACGACACAAGAACGUCACACAAGUUUGCGGACAGAAAGUCCAAAACGUUGGAGCGUGAUAGCAGUUUCAUUGCUUCCCGAAAUCGGACAGAAGAUUUCAUAAAUCGUAGCAAAACCUUGGAUAACCGCAUUUCGAGUUUAAGGGAAAGGUCAUUGAUGCUGAAGGAACAGAAUCGACGAGAGCGUGGUGAUGUGUUUGACCCGUAUUCAGACCUGACCACAUCUUACGAUUUAGAAAAUAGUCGGAACAACGCCCAAAAUUCAAAAAUAUAUUCGUCCAAUAACACAACUACCGCAGGCAAAUUUAAAGACAAGUCGAGUGGGUCAAGCAACAUUUUCUCCACACUUUUAAGGAGAAACAAUAAGAAAGCAGAGGCAAAAAAUACUACUCAAUCAAAGUCGACGUCCAACUUGAACAUUUCAUCUGCUAAUACAAAUAUUAAUAGUCAUAACAAGACGACCACGAAACCACUUGAAAAGAAAUCUGGUCAACAUUCUAAUUUCUUUACGUCGUUUUUGGAAAAGAAGCGAAAUAAAAAACAACAAAACUUGCAGAAUGCAGAUUUGAAGAAAGGUCAAUCGCAGGGAGUUCCACAGCCGAAUACGUAUCAGUCUUUUGGAAACUGGCCAUCGGAUCCUCCUUCGUUGUCAGUGAUUGAUUACUCGGAUCCCCCUCCUCCCACUUUCAAGCCCUAUUAUGGAGAGAGUAACAUUGACACUGAGGACACCUCUGCGCACGGAAGCGAUAUUUGGAAAAAGUCGUACGGCAAUGACAUGACCAAGGUCAAGAGACGAUGGACAAUGCGAGAGCCUUCUAAGCCAAGCAGCAUCAUUAGAGAAGAAGAGGACUUGACCAGCCGCACCCUUGGACGGAAACAUGGCUACACCUCCACCUCUGCAAUAAACAACAGCAGUUCAAUAGAUCGCAGAAGAAAUUUCGCCCAGGAACGAGAAGGGAGUUAUGAUCCCACGUUGUUGAAGCGAAAUAAUAACAGCAACAUCGCAGAAGACGACCGUUUUCUGAAGGUCCCUGGAGCAAUAUCGUCCAAUACAAGUGGAAAGUACACGACGCUGGAUACUCGAUACUCUCCAGAAAAAAUCAGCUACAGUCCGCAAAAAUAUGACGAGUAUGAUGGAUACGCCAAUAGCACCAUGCCCAAACGAGAAAAACUGUCUAAAGGCUACGUGGGCGGCGGAUUUGUAGGACAGCCCAACAGUUCAGGAAGUGAAAGUAACAACACGUCUCGCUCAGUGUACCUCCACGAGCCAGCCGUCAUCCCUGAGAUGCCAUUGCCACGAACGCUCGCCAACAGCGGUGGUGGUGGGGCCAGCCUCAGUGGACUGAGUGGGAGGAGAACUUUAUCCAAGGACGAGAUCUCCAAUUAUUCUGGAUCCAGAAAGGAAGCAAAGCAACUGUCCCGUUCAAUGUCAAUGGCCCACCCUUGGGGACCUCGGUUCAUUCACAACGAGAUUGACUACAGUCGCAGCAACACCCUUCUCCCACCACGCCCUCCCUCCAGAAGUCCAAGUGGCAGCCUUGGGAUUAACUCUGUGAGGCAAACGCCGACAAGUUCGAUUGAAAAAUCCAGUCGCAGUCCGUCAAAGUCGUUCAGCAGCAGACCAAAGCCUCCGCUCCCUUUGGGCAGAGGUGGUGACAGGGGGGAACGUAAACAACCCGUGUCGUCUUCCUCCGUGGAGUCACUUUUGCGACAAACGCCGGAUGAAGCCCUCCUGAAGAAGAAGGGGAACUCCAAGUUGGGUCGAUCAAAGUCAAUGUCCGUCUCUCAGUCUCAGAGGGAGCCGAGGGAUGGGAAGGGCAGUCGAUUCUCCACCUUGUGGUUCAACAAAAAGAAUUCGAACAAAUGAUCAACUAUUUAUGCAUGUGCUAGACAUGUACUUCGUAAAUACGUGCUAUGAAUUAACAACUCAUGAAUGAAUGGUACUCACGAUGAGAUGACAAAAUAUUAUUAAAAUUGAGCUAUAAUUAAAAACAAACAGACAACCAACUCUUCCUCCAUAAAACCAAAAAAUUUAUCUGUAGUAAGUAAUACAUACUUAUGUACAUAACUAUAGCAUGCAGAACGCGAGGCAGAUUUUGCAAAGGACAAUUUAUUACACACUUAUCUUGGCGUAUCCUUGUUACAUGUAUGUACAAUUGCAAAUAAUAAAUAUUAGUGGUGCUAAUAACAAA